GCGGUUGAGGGCAAGGAGAAAGGCAAUUGAGGGGUGCUCGGGGGAGAGGGGAAGAGAACAGUGGAGGGCGUGGGGCGGGCUGGAGAAGAGUGGGAGGUAGCCUGGAAUGACAGUGGGUCCCUUGGGGCAGAAAGGACCAGAAUUAGGAGCAGAUGUCGGGGGACGUGGCCUGGUGCGACAGAUGCGGGCCGGGGCGGGGGCGGGCACCGAGCUCCUUGCUGGAGGGGAUGGAUUCGUCUCAUUAAAGUCACGGGAGAAAGAGCGCCAACCCUGCUGGCGUUGAUGGUGACCAGAAGAUGAAGAAACUGAAUUAUUUAACCAGCUAACUGAAAAUGUGAAAACGGGGAGUGCUCUGCUGUCUUCUAAUUCCAGGUGGUGAGUACUUACUCUGCUGGGAAACAGAAGAGUGCUUCUUGAGUAAAAAGUAUGCCUCCCAAGUUCAAGCGCCACCUAAAUGAUGAUGAUGUCACUGGUUCUGUGAAAAGUGAAAGGAGAAAUCUUCUGGAAGAUGAUUCGGAUGAAGAAGAAGACUUUUUUCUAAGGGGACCAUCUGGACCAAGAUUUGGACCUAGAAAUGAUAAAAUUAAGCAUGUUCAGAAUCAGGUGGAUGAAGUUAUUGAUGUCAUGCAAGAAAAUAUUACAAAGGUAAUUGAAAGAGGGGAGAGACUAGAUGAACUACAGGACAAAUCAGAAAGCUUAUCGGAUAACGCAACUGCUUUUAGCAACAGAUCCAAACAACUUCGAAGGCAAAUGUGGUGGCGUGGAUGCAAAAUAAAAGCCAUCAUGGCUUUGGUUGCGGUUAUCCUUUUGCUAGUGAUUAUCAUUCUUACAGUCUUGAAAUACCGUGCUUGAUUUGGUGACAGAGCUCUUCAUUACACAAAAUCUGGGACAAUAAUAAAAGAUUGCUGCAUAAUUUAAAUGAAACUUAUGUAUAUAACUUUCAAAACUUCUUUUUCAAGAAACUAAGAGGCAAGUAUCACUUCAAAUUGGAGCAUUGAGAAUGUCCAGUUUUCUUCUUCCCUUCAAACAAAAUGUGUUUAAAAAUUAUGUUUAAGGCAAAGAUAACCAGCCUCUCUUUUGCCGUAUUCCAAGGAUCUAAUUUGAAACUAGAUACUUGCCAGUUCAUUGUUUGUACAUGGAAUUAAACAGUGAUCAUAAUAUUUCAUACUGUUACUAUAAAGACUUGCAUUAUGGCAUCGACAUGGGGGUGAGACUGGGAGUCCAGAAGCCUAUGUAGAGUACUAAAACAUGCAUAGCCAUUCCAUCAAUAUUUGCAAGAUUCUUCUCACAUUAUGAUUGCUUUGCAAGCAAUUUCCACAUGUUUAUGGGUGUAACAAAAGCUAAAUGUAAAUGUUGCUACCUUCAGCUAUAACUGAAACAUUCCAGUAAACCUAUUUUUGACUGUAAAAGGGAAUGUGUAGUAAUUUUUUGGCAUAUGGAUUAUGGAAAUGGAAAACUUAAAUACAAAAAGCGUAGUAUGGCACCAUAAAACUGGAGAUAAUAAAAUUAUUGGAGAACAUCAUUGGAGUGUUUGAAAGUGAACAGCAUGGCCCAGUCUGUUUCCAGUUAGCCUCCAAUAAGGAGGAACCACACAUAAUGUGAGUAAAUGAAAUCCACAGGUAACUUAUUCUCUAAUCUUACUUUGAUAGCUUCCCUCUUUAAUUUCAACUAGUCCCUCUGCCAGAAGUGCUCAAUGUAGCAAAAUCAUUGCUCAGAAUUUGCUACUUUUGCAUUUCCUAAUCAUCCCCCGAGAGAUGCAUGUUGUUUAGUCAAAUGUCAAAUUAGCCAAUAGUGAUGCGUCUAGAAAGUCAGGAGGUAAUCAUCCAUCAUCAGUAACCAAAUAGCUAGAGUCACCAUUAAUUUAAAUGUUUUUACAGCAAUAAAAUGUAAUAUUAACGUUAAAAUGUGCCAGCCUCCUUGUGUUGUUUAAACAAGUCAAAGUGAAAAGACAUAGUCCUCAAAUGUGUUCGAGGAGGAAGCUUUAUAAUAAAAUUGGAGGUCCUGCAGAAACUUGUGCACAUGGAUAUGGUGACUAUAUAUACGUAUAUAACUAAAUUUGAAAUGCGGUUAAUAGAAGACCCAGUAUUGAAACGGGAAAGACAAAUGAUCCUGUAUAGGUUUUAUUUCUUUGGUCAUUUUAAUUCAGAAUGUAUGAAACAUAGAAUCUGUUUGUUU